GAUGCUGAUACGACGCCUGACUACAACAUCUAUGACAGAGCUGAUGCUGAUACAACGCCUGACUACAACAUCUAUGACGGAGGGCGCGAAGACGGGUUUCAGCCGCAUUUUACCCUGCAGAACGCCCGCGCAGAACAAAAGCAAAACUUCACCGUUAUCCCCUUGCCCUUCGAGGAGACCAACCCGGACCGAAUCGAGACCGGCGAGCUGUUCCAGAAGGACAUCAUACUGACGGAGGCGCAGCGCAGGGCCAUGGUGCUGAGGAAGGGCUUGGCCUCCGAGACCUACCGGUGGCCGGAGGCCGGAGACGGGUUCCCGCGCGUGCCUUACCGCUUCGCAGACGAUGAAGUGGACCAGGAUGCGGUCAGGGCCGGCAUCGCGCACUGGGAGCAGCACACCUGCAUCAACUUCGAGCUGACCACCAACGUCAACCAACCUCACCUCAGGUUCAAGAAAAAGACUGGCUGCGCGUCAUACGUUGGGUAUCUGGCCACGUUUUCUACCGGCCAAGACGUUCUCAUCAGCAGUGGGUGUACUUCCCUCGGCACCGUCGCCCACGAGAUCGGCCACGCCAUGGGCUUCUACCAUGAGCAGUCCCGCCCAGAGCGCGACUUGCACGUUCAUAUCAACGAGGAGAACAUUAAGGAUGGAAAAGAAAGGAACUUCGAAAAGAAGUCGGACUCCCUCGUGGACGACAAGGGCGUCGCUUACGAUUACACGAGUGACAUGCACUACAGCGGAUUUGGAUUCAGCAACAACGGCCACCUGACCAUCGCCACAGUGGAUCCGCGCAACCAGGAGCUGAUCGGUCAGCGUGAGGGCCUCUCGCACCGGGACAAGCACCUCGCCAACCUCAUGUACGGCUGCAUCGACAAGUGGAUGGGGAAGUGCGGAAUCAGCAGCGACCCCUGCGAGAACGGCGGUUACUAUGGCAAAAAUUGCGCUUGCGUGUGUCCGCCAGGAACAUCCGGGUCCUCGUGUGAAACCCUUGAGCAGGAUUACUUUGCUUCACAGCGCGGUGACUGCAGUCUGAAGAUCACCAGCCCUACUACGGUCACCUCGCCCAACUACCCGAGCAACUAUCCCUAUGGGCUGACCUGCGCCAAGUGGGUCGUGGCGCCCGAGUGUAAGCUGGCCAAAGUCACCUUCACCGCCUUCAGGCUGGCUUCCUGCUCCGCGGGGUGGGACAAACUAGAGAUUCGAACCAACAACCGCUACGAUGGCAACUUCUACUGCGGGACCGACAUCGCCCCGGGCACCUCGAUCACGUCGACCACCAACGAGAUCAUCAUCAUGUUCUACACGAGGUCCAACACCGAGUCUGGUUGGUCAGCGGAUGUCACCUUUGUAGAUGAUCCCAACUGCGAGCCACCAACCACUCAGCCGCCCACUACACAGCCACCAACCACUCAGCCGCGCCACCAACCACUCAGCCCCACUACACAGCCACCAACCACUCAGCCGCCCACUACACAGCCACCAACCACUCAGCCGCCCACUACACAGCCACCAACCACUCAGCCGCCAACUACCGAGCUACCACCGACUGAGGCAACGACCGCUCCACCAUCUUCUCCACGCUGUUCCCUAGACUCGACUGCCACAGGAGUGGCUUGGCGCUCACCGUACUUCGGCUCUAAAAACUAUCCAAACAAUUUCCACUGCGGACUUGUUGGAAGCGCCGGAUCGCCAUACAUGACCACCUUCAAGCUCAACACCUUCCAACUGCAGUGGAAGAAGCGCAGGAGAUGCGUCGACUUUGUUGGCAUUCAGAUUCCUUACAACAGGACCCUCAAGCUCUGCGGAAGCAAGAAAGGCGCCGUCGCAGUGCCCAACUUGAACCUAAACAUCAGCUUCGUCAGCGAUGCCUCGAAAACGAACGUGGGCUUCGACAUCGGCAUCACGUGGCAGAAGACGAGUUGCCAUCGCGUCAUUGAGCUCACGGAGGACGACGCGACGGGCGUCAUCCGGAGCCCAAGAUUCCCGAAGAAAUAUAAGAAGGAUACUGUAUGCGAGUGGUGGAUUAAGGCUCCCAACGGCAAGCGAAUCCAACUGGACUUCACGACGAUAAACCUCCGGGACAAGAAAUGCGUCAACUCCUACAUCGCCGUCGACAAAUCAGGCUCUGCCGAGUACGUCCCCGAAAACAGCUCCCUCUUCUGCGCUGUCAACAAGUCGGGCAGCGUUAUUUCGGACGGGAAUGGGAUGAACGUUGCCUUCGCCGGAGGCAAGAAGAAGUCGAAGGGCUUCUCUGCACGAUACACGCUCGUGUAAACGCCAAGGAUGUGGCGCUGUGGACGCUGCGGCGACGACGACCGUUUCUGUUCGAUAUUGGCCUAAACCUGGAACUACUUCAGGCAUACCUCUGCACACUCAUGCACGCACAACACACAUACAUGUAUGUGCCCGCACGCAGUAUGCAUUUUGGGUAUCCCUGUAAAUCUUCCUGCCAAAUGAAUAAUAAUUUGUUAAGCCAAUAUUUUCAAAUGUAUUUCGAAUGGAAUAAAUAUGGAU